UAUUUGGUUCGAUCUCUUCCAUUCUACGUUUUACUUAGUAUUGGAUCUCUUUAUUUCAGGUUUUGUGACUGCUUGUGGGGUAAAUAUAAAUACUCCUGUGAAUUUUGUAACAAUUUGACUAGAAGUGAAAUUUUGAAGACACAUCAUUAGUAGUUUAUGUAACAAAAAAAUGAUAAUUUUACUCAAAAUGCAUACAUAUUAAAGCCAAACGCAAAAAAACAAAAAAUAACUUUGAAAUGGCCUCUUUCCAGAGUUGCAGAAAAAACAGAUUCCUUUCUCAUGGCAACAGAUGCUAUGAUACAAUUCUCUCUAUUGGGUUGAUUAAACUGAAUACUCAUAUAAAAGGUAAGCAUGACAGAAGAAACCUUUAAAACGGACUGCAAGUCACAGUGUAUGACUAAAUCAUUACAGCGAGGACCUAAGGGAGACUGAGACAAAUCAUAGCAUUUACAAUUAUAAAAUAACAUUCAUGUACUGUAUAUAGACUGCUCUGAACUUGGAUAUAGCUGUAUUUACAUUAGGCAACCUUUUGUUUAAGCAUUUUUAAAUCAACAUAUAUAUGUAACUUAAACAGUUUAGCUUAUACAUUUGUAAUAAUAGUGUUAAGAGACAAUAUUGUCACAGCAUUUUGUACAGCAGCCAAUGGACAACCUGACAUUCAGACACAGCGUUCUACUAGUAGAGGGACUGAAGGUUACACACCAGUCAUCUCAGCCUGUUUUCAUUGUACUUUUCUUAUCUUACAUUUUUGCAAUGAUAUCAAACAUUACACUUAUAUUCCUGAUAUCAACAGAGAAAAAUCUUCAUGAUCCUAUGCAUUUUCUGUUCUGUAAUUUGCCAGUGAAUGAUAUAAUAGGGACCACUGUCAUUUUGCCACGCUUAAUGCAAGACGUUUUAAAGGAAGCCUCAGAGCGUUAUAUAUCAUACACAGAGUGUGUUGUUCAAGCUUAUUUUGUGCAUGUAUUCACAGCAGCAUGUCACUAUGUAUUAAUGAUCAUGGCCUUCGACAGAUAUGUGGCUAUUUGUAAUCCACUGAGAUAUACAGCUAUAAUGACCAAUAAAAUGGUUAUUAAACUAUCAGCAUCAGCCUGGGGACUGGCAAUAAUUGUGGUGACAGUUAUGAUAGGACUGACUCUUCGUCUAUCUCACUGUAGAUCAACAAUUGAAAACCCUUUCUGUGAUAAUGCCUCACUGUUUAAGCUGUCCUGUGAAAAUGUAAGUAUUAAUAAUGCAUUUGGGGUUGUUUAUUCUGUGAUUGUGGCCUGCCUGUCGGCAAUAUCUAUAUUUAUAACAUAUGUCAAGAUUGCCACUGUAUGUUUAGCCAGCAAAAACAAAGCACUCAACAGCAAGGCCAUGAAAACCUGCAGCACUCAUUUAGCUGUUUACCUAAUCAUGUUUGUUUCUGGAGCCAUUUUUAUUUUCCUUCAUCGGUUUCCUGAAUAUGCUGAAAGCAGGAAACUAGGAAGUAUAAUGUUCCAUAUUGUACCUCCAGGAUUAAAUCCUUUAGUAUAUGGUUUACAAACCAAAGAGAUAAGGCAGAGGUUUGUUAAACUCUGCCGCAGAAAAACAAGUACUUCUUUAAUGUAACAUCAUUUUACAACAUAAAAGUGAUAGUUUACCCAAAAAUAAAAACAUUCUCAUUA